AUGCUCAAUGGAAAAUCAUCAUUGAGUAUCGGAGGACAAGUAGGUAUUGGCAUAGCAAUUACAUUAAUAUGGACAAUUCAAAAUGCAUUACGAAUCGAUCAACAAGGAUGGAUGAAUAAUAUAGCUGCAGUUUUCCAAAUUAGUACUGCAAUCAGCAUCGUGAUUGUUCUCCUUGUCAUAGCUCCAGAACGAGCCACUGCUAAGGACGUUUUUACAUCGGUCUAUAAUGGUACUGGAUUUCCAUUUGCUUAUGUUUGCUGCAUUGGAAUACUUUCAAUGAUUUUUUCAUUCUCUGGCUAUGAAGCCGGUGCUCAUUUGGCCGAAGAGACUCGGGGUGCUCGUCGUGCAGGUAACACAUAG